AUGAAGCACUCUGUGCUCGUUCUCGCCUUGCUCUUCGUUCUGGGCAUCACGGCUGCACAACUCCCGCUCAAACCGCCAGCAUACUACGGCGCGCCCAAGAAGAAGAGGAUGGUGUCCAGACGCAGCGGCACUGGGCCUCACAUCGCGAGAGCCCACACUGUCAGAGCCGUCAGCGUCGAGAAACCAAAGAUCGCGGACGCCAAGAAGUCAGGAAAGCAAUCAGAGGAGACGUUGGUUCUGCCCUGA